UUGUAUUUUAAAGGUGACAUGUUUAUUCCAUUUUACACGGGAAAGGUCAUAGACAACCUGGGAGAAGAGUACCAACCAAACAGCUUCAUGUCAGCAAUCUUUCUCAUGGGUCUCCUCUCACUGGGCAGCUCCUUGUCCUCUGGGUUGCGUGGAGGUCUCUUCAUGUGCACUCUUUCAAGGCUGAACAAGAGAGUUCGCCUUAUGCUCUUUAAUGCUUUGGUCAAACAGGAGAUAGGAUUUUUUGAGGAUAAAAAGACAGGGGACUUGACAUCACGUCUGUCUGUCGACACCAAACUAAUGAGUCAAUCAGUGGCGAUGAACGUGAACAUCCUCCUGCGCAGCCUGAUCAAGAGUGUCGGCAUCCUGUAUCUGAUGCUCAGUCUGUCCUGGAAACUCACCCUGGUCACUUUCAUCGAAGCCCCACUGAUUGCCAUCACUCAAAAGAUUUACAACACGCACUAUGAGCAAUUAUCAAAAGAAGUUCAGGACUCGGUGGCCAGAGCCAAUGAGACAGCAGGAGAAGCGGUUGCCGGGGUGAGGACCGUAUGCAGUUUCCGCAUAAAUCUCAGCGAAGCCUGUCGUUAUGACAAGCGAUUGACUGACACUCACAACCUGAAGGCUCACAGAGAUACAGUGAGAGCGGUCUACCUAUUAGUGCGACGGAUAAUGUCAUUAGGAAUGCAGUUUCUGAUGUUGUACUACGGUCGUCAGCUCAUCAGAUCAGGACACAUGAGUACCGGCAACCUUGUGUCCUUCAUCCUCUAUCAGGCUGAUCUGGGAAUAUACAUCAGGACACUUGUCUACAUGUAUUCAGACAUGCUGAACUCUGUGGGUGCGGCUGCGAAAGUUUUUGAGUACCUGGACAGAAAGCCACUAGUGAGCAUGGAUGGAAGUCUUCAUCCUGACACCCUGGCCGGACAAGUUCACUUCAACAACCUCACCUUCUUCUACCCAACUCGACCUGAUCAACCAGCCCUCAAGAACUUCUCUCUGGAGUUGAAGCCGGGUCAGAUGACGGCUCUGGUGGGAAUGUCAGGUGGAGGGAAGACCACCUGUGUGAGUCUGCUGGAGGGAUUCUACCAGCCUCAGCAGGGACAAAUUCUGUUAGAUGGACAACCACUACAGAACUACCAGCACAAAUAUUUGCACCAAAAGGUGUCCAUGGUGGGUCAGGACCCUGUACUUUUUUCUGGCACCAUCAGGGACAACAUAGCUUACGGUUUGACUGACUGUGAUCAGAAAAAGGUGGAGGAUGCAGCCAGAGAAGCCAAUGCCCAUGACUUUAUCAGCCAACUAGAAAAAAGAUACAACACAGAUGUUGGAGAACGUGGUUGUCUUCUUGCUGGUGGUCAGAAGCAGCGCAUUGCUAUCGCCAGAGCUCUUAUCAGACAACCUCAGGUCCUCAUACUGGAUGAGGUCACCAGCAGCCUGGACACUGAGAGUGAACGCAUGGUUCAGGAUGCUCUGGCCCGACGCCCCAACCAGACCUUGCUGGUGAUUGCGCAUAGGCUGAAAACAAUCGAAAAGGCAGACCAAAUCGUGGUGAUUGACAAAGGGGAGGUUGUGGAGCAGGGGACGCACCAGGAACUGAUGAAGAAGAAAGGAAAUUACUAUAAACUUAAAGAGAGGCUCUUCACUGAGGAGAAAGAAGCUGAGGCAGAGGCCAAACAAUAAUGAGUGUUAUACAUUUUCAAAAAUACAUUUUAUGUAUAAUAACAGGCAGCAUCUUCACUAUGAAAUGAAAUUGUUUUCUUUUACAACAGAACAUUCAAAUACACGUUUUGUUAUGUUUUGGUCAAGCAUUUGUUUUUCACCUUUGUGAAUUGAAUUUUGUUUCCAGAAAAGCAAAUGCAGUAAAGUAUAAACUAGAUAAAAAAGUUUGUCAAGACAGACUUUAAGUUGGCUUGAGAAAGCCGGACCAGAAGUUUGAAAAAGUUUUAAAAGUUUUAGAAGAUUUUAGAAGUUUUGAAAGUUUCAUGGUUUUCAGUCUGAAAUAGACUUAAGGUUAAAGUACUUUUAAAGCUUAAAGAUUGAAUGUUUUGAAGGUUAAUCUGUUAGAUAGAUAUAAAUUGUUAGAUGAUGGAUAGAUACCAUGUUGGUAGCAUGCUUCUAAGAAAAUUAGCAAUU